GCCCUUGGUGUGGUCUAACCUUGUCAAGAGAUGAUCGCAAGAUCUCUUUGAGCCAAGUUAGUGUGAUUUUUAGACACAACUGGAAGUUGAGAUGAGCUCAAGUGAGCCAGCUGAUUCGUCUCUCAAGAGACCGAGCAAUGGUGAACACUUGCCAGCUACCUACACACUCACCAACAUUGCAGGGGACAAUGGAAUACUUGCUGAUCAUGAAAACCAUAAAUCGGGAGAUCUGAAUAAUAUCGACUCGUCUGAGCUGAGUGAUGAAGGGGACAUCGAAAUUGAGCACCUAAGUUCUGGCUAUGACGGCAACGCACAAUCCCCACACGCUGUUCGCGGUAAACGAACCGUAAUAAACAUUUGGCAGAAGGCGAUACUGGAAGACUAUUUUCGCAAUGGAAUGACGAGCGCUUCGAUGCAACUUCACUCUCUUCACGUGGCUGCAGCGGAAAAGACCGGACUAGACCUCGGUGUCAUCAAGAACUGGAUCAGAAAUCGAAGGAGGCCUGCAGCUGCCAGGAGUGCUGAGAGACUCACAAGCCUCAUUUCGGCCACCUCUGUUUCAACCACCCCACUCAGUGUGCCCUCAAUGCUACCUCCCAUCCCAAUAAUUUCCUCAAGCAUGGCCAUGUCAUCCAUUUUGACCCCUUCCAACCAUCCUCCUCCUAGCCUAGUGGAUGUGUCUGCAGUUCUAGCUCCACCGGCAACCAAAAGACAUAAUAUGGAACCACAUGCUGCUAGCCCUACAAUUCGAGUACUGAAAACUGUACCACCUUCACACAGUGCACCACAGGCGUCACAGGCUGAAACACAGUUUCUUGUUAAAGUGCGAUUGUCUGAAGUCGAUGAUGAAGAUUUUGUAGAAGUGGAGCUCUCAUCUCUGACUUAUCAGUCUCUGUUUGCGGCCAUUUGUGAGGAGUUUGAGUUGACCUCAUCUGAUGUGGCAAAGAUUCGUAAACUACCCAACGUACUGGUCCGCAAAGACAAGGAUGUGCAAAGACUGAAAGAAGGUCAAGAACUUGAAGUCGUCAUAAACUCAACCCGUCUUCGUGGUUACCAUGGCAAUUCCAUCGUAUCCAAUGACAACAUGCCUCCGGGAGUUUCGUUGCAAAAUUUAUCGAGUGGACAUUUCAUUACCCCGUAGAACACUUCAAUACACAUCACUAUAUAAUACAGAUACACAUCAUCAUUCUUCUGUCUUAUAAUUAUUAUAAAUAGUCUGAGAUUAAAAUCACCUGAUUUUUUUUAAUUGG